GUCAAACCCUGUAUCCGGUUUCCUUCUCCUGCUCUCCUGCCUAUAGAAAAACUGUUCCUCCAGAACAAUUCCUCCCAACUAUAGUGGCUUUGCUCCUGCCAGUUGAUCUCUCAGCUCAUCCUAGUGGCUUGCAGGGGUACAGGUCUGCUGGUUAUGUUGCCCAGGCUGGCCUCAAACUCCUGGGCUUCAAAUGAUCCUUUCAUCUUAGCCUCCUGAGUACUGGGACUAUAGGUGCCCACUGCCAUGCCUGGCUGGUUAGGUUACUUUUCUGUGGAUCACAGCCCAUCAUUCACCAAUGCCUUGCCAACAGCAGUAAAUGUCUCAUCCCUGGAUCCUGGAACUGAUAACUUAACAGCUCUGCCAGGUCUUCAGGUGUUCAUCAGAACAGACACCAUGGCAGAGUAUGAUCACUAUGAAGAUGAUGAGUUCUUCAACAGUUUCAAUGACAGCAGCCAGAAGGAGCAUCAAGACUUCCUGCAGUUCAGCAAGGUCUUUCUGCCCUGCAUGUACCUAGUGGUGUUUGUCUGUGGCCUGGUGGGGAACUCCCUGGUGCUGGUCAUAUCCAUCUUCUACCAUAAGCUGCAGAGCCUGACGGACGUGUUCCUGGUGAACCUACCCCUGGCUGACCUGGUGUUUGUCUGCACUCUGCCCUUCUGGGCCUAUGCAGGCAUCCAUGAAUGGAUCUUUGGCCAGGUCAUGUGCAAGACCUUACUGGGCGUCUACACUAUUAACUUCUACACAUCCAUGCUCAUCCUCACCUGCAUCACUGUGGAUCGUUUCAUUGUAGUGGUUAAGGCCACCAAGGCCUACAACCAGCAAGCCAAGAGGAUGACUUGGGGCAAGGUCAUCUGCUUGCUCAUCUGGGUGAUAUCCCUGCUGGUUUCCUUGCCCCAAAUUAUCUAUGGCAAUGUCUUUAAUCUGGACAAGCUCAUAUGUCGUUAUCAUGAUGAGGAGAUUUCCACUGUGGUUCUUGCCACUCAGAUGACACUGGGGUUCUUCUUGCCACUGCUCGCCAUGAUUGUCUGCUAUUCAGUCAUAAUCAAAACACUGCUUCAUGCUGGAGGCUUCCAGAAGCACAGAUCUCUAAAGAUCAUCUUCCUUGUGAUGGCUGUGUUCCUGCUGACCCAGACACCCUUCAACCUCGUGAAGCUCAUCCGCAGCACACACUGGGAGUACUAUGCCAUGACCAGCUUUCACUACACCAUCAUAGUGACAGAGGCCAUCGCAUACCUGAGGGCCUGCCUUAACCCUGUGCUCUAUGCCUUUGUCAGCCUGAAGUUUCGAAAGAACUUCUGGAAACUUGUGAAGGACAUUGGCUGUCUCCCUUACCUUGGGGUCUCACAUCAAUGGAAAUCUUCUGAGGACAAUUCCAAGACUUUUUCUGCCUCCCACAAUGUGGAGGCCACCAGCAUGUUCCAGCUAUAGGCCUUGCCAGCAUUUCGAGAAGCUGCUCUGGAAUUUGCAAGGCAUGGUUGUGUCCUCUUGAUGUGGUGAGGCAGGCUUUGUUUAUAGUUUGCGCAUUCUCAUGGAGAAGUUAUCAGACACUCUGACUGGUUUGGAAUGCUUCUUCUCAGGCAUGAACAUGUACUGUUCUCUUCUUGAACACUCAUGCCGAAAGCCCAAGUAGGGGGUCUAAAAUUUUUAAGGACUUUCCUUCCUCCAUCUCCAAGAAUGCUGAAAUCAAGGGGGAUGACAUGUGACUUCUAUGAUCUCAGGUUCUCCUUGACUGGGGCUGAUGGUUGAAGAGGUGAGCACAGCCAACAAAGCUGUUAGUGGUAGGUAGCACGCUGGGUGCCCAAGCUCAGAAGGCUCUUCUGACUACUGGGCAAACAGUGGAGAUCAGAGCAGCUGUGAAAACAAAUGCUGGCACCACCAGGCACCUAACAGAAAUGAGAUCAGGCUCUGCUUCACCUUGGGGCUUGACUUUUGUAUAGGUAGAUGUUCAGAUUGCUUUGAUUAAUCCAGAAUAACUAGCACCAGGGACUAUGAAUGGGCAAAAUCAAAUUAGAAUAGGCUGAGAAUUCCAGUGGUCCACGGAAUGCUUGAAAAAUGUGCAAAACAGCAUUUAAGACUGUAAUGAAUCUAAGCAGCAUUUCUGAAGUGGACUCUUCUUUGGUGGCUUUUCUCAUUUAAAAAAGAAAUUUUCCAAUGUCUGCCAUAUAAACAUAUGUAAAUGUAUAUACACACACAUACACAUAUGCUAUAUAUUACUAGCAUAUGAGUUUCAUAGCUAAGAAAUAAAACUUUUAAAGUCUCCAAA